CUGUGGGGCUCGGUGAACCCUGCCUGCUGGUCAUGGGGUCCGCGGUGCGGCUCAUCCUGCUGCUGCUCCCGGCCAUUAGGGCGGAGGGGGGAUGGGAUCCGGCCGGGUAUGUGAUGUACUGCCCCUGCAUGGGAAGAUUUGGGAACCAGGCUGAUCAUUUUCUAGGCUCCUUAGCUUUUGCAAAGAUGUUAAAUCGUACUCUUGUAGUCCCUCCAUGGAUUGUGUACAACCAUCAUCAACCUCCCUACACCAACGUACAUGUGCCUUUCAAAGAAUAUUUUCAGUUGGAGCCUUUGAGGAAGUUUCACAGAGUUGUCAGCUUGGAGGAGUUUAUGGAGAAACUUGCCCCUGACCAUUGGCCAUCAAACCAGCGAAUAGCUUAUUGUUUUACAGCAGCAGCUCAAAGGAGUCAGGACAAAAAGACUUGCCCUAUGAAGGACGGAAACCCUUUUGGACCCUUUUGGGAUAAUUUUCAUGUGGAUUUCAUAAAAUCUGAGCUGUUUGAUGGCAUUAGUUUCAGCUCCUACUACAAAGAUGCGUGGAAGAGCAAAUUCUCCCCAUCCCAGCAUCCAGUUCUUGCUUUGCCAGGGGCACCUGCCCAGUUUCCAGUCCUUGAGGAGCACCGUACCUUGCACAGAUAUUUGGUAUGGUCAGAAAAGUUGGCCCUACAGGGAGAGGAACACAUUCGGACCUUGCUCAUCAGACCCUAUGUGGGCAUUCAUCUUCGGAUUGGUUCUGAUUGGAAAAAUGCUUGCAAUAUGGUGAAGGAUGGGACGGCUGGCUCACAUUUCAUGGCGUCCCCUCAGUGUGUGGGAUACGACAGACAGAAUGCUGCUACCCUUACCAUGGGCAUGUGCCUACCUGAUCUCAAAGAAAUCCUACGUGCGGUGACUCACUGGGUAAAAAAUGCCAAUGCCAAAUCUGUGUACAUUGCCACGGACUCCACAUCGUACACUGCGGAGAUACAGGCUUCCUUAGGAAAAAAGGUGAAAGUUGUGAAUCUUCAGCCUCACGUGGCUCAGAUUGAUCUGUAUAUCCUCGGCCAGUCUGACCAUUUCAUUGGGAACUGUGUUUCUUCAUUCACUGCGUUUGUAAAGAGGGAGCGCGAUGUCCAUGGGAAACCUUCUUCCUUUUUUGGGAUUGAUUCACCCGUAAGGCGUUCAGAUGAACUGUGACGUGGACGGCACGGAGACUUCCCAACUUCAACUCUUUACACUGAGCAGUUUGCUUUAAAAAAAAAAAAUUCAUGCCAAAUUAUUCCCUAAUACAUAGAUCUCAUUAAGAUCCAUAAUGUAUUUAUACUGUAAACUCUGGGCAGUAGAGUGAUUUAUAUAAAAUGAUCUGGGUUCCACUGUGAUGAAUUUUGACUUGAUAGUGGUGAUUUGCUAUUUAUACCUCGCAUGAUGACACAAGCCAACCCAACCUUACGAGGACAGACCACGUGUGUAAAAAGUAUUUCACACCUUUUUAACACGGUCACAGAUAAUUUAAAGAGAGCCUAUCUUAGACAAAUGUUUCUUUAGCGUGAGACUUUAGAUCUUGGCUGUGGAUAGCUUAGAUUCUGAUAAAUAUGGCCGACUUUGAAAGUGUUUUUACCAGUAUGUCUGUUUUGGCCUAAAAUUUGCCAUUUUCUUUAGAAUUCUGGAGACCUUGCAGUAUUUCCGAUUUUUCACGCCAAAAUAGCUGGAUUGUAGAAAUAUUUGCCAAGUCAGCUAUGUUUUAUUUCAAAGUAUUUUGACCUAAAUUUGAAAUUAACUGGGUUAGUCACUAAACUCUGAAACCAUAACGCUUGAUUCUUGUUAAAUUGUUGAUGAAUUUAUAAAUCGAAUUCACUCAGAAUUUCUUACACCUGUAAGACAAAAAAAAGAUGUUUUCAAGAAAAAACUAGAUUGAGCUAAAAACUGACACAUUUAAUGUAUUUUAUGGUGUCUCUGCUUGAAUUAAACCAAAUGAUUUAUUUAUAGUGUCCCUUUGAAUCAUCAUGCUGUUGGAUCCCACGAUGGGUCUGCCUUAUGGCCCAACUUGUGCUGUUGGGGGAUUUGGUUUGGUGUUGCUGUGUCAUAAACAUAAUUUGUAUCAGAAAAUGUCUAAAUGCACAUAAUUAAUUCUGUAUUCACUAUUGUAUUUUAUACUUUUUGUAUAAUAAAUUAUUCAAAUAUUUGAUUACUCAAA